CAAUAUUGCAACUCAUCCUCUCUGUUUUACCGUCCAAACAUUAUCAAACCAAUCCCACCUAAAUUUCUCUCUAUUCCACCCUUUUCUCUUCUUGUUUAAAAUAAUACAAAUUCCGUAUAAAUAUACACUCAUAUAUCCAAAUCUGUAUAUCUAUAUGGAGUAUAUAUGGAUAAAUUAUCAUACGUAGAUAUAUAAUUAACAAAUACAAGAAACUUUUCAUUUCAGUAUGUUUCCAGAACUGAAAUCAUGAGUCCACGCAGGUAAAAAGUUUUCCGUUUCCCUUCAAACAUCCAUCCUCCAAUGGGUCCUUCAUGUAGACGACGAAAACAAAAAUGUUCAACGAAAUCAAGAGCCCUUAAAUCCUCACCGUCCAUUUCUCCCGCAGGGACGGAGUCAACUGAGUCAACGGUCAACGCUACUGACCAAGAAGGACGGCCUGACGGCGGCGAGAUUGAAGCGGCGGCGGAUGAUAUUUGUUUGACGCCGAAAGCUGCGAGGUUUCGGAUACCGGAGAUCAAGACGUGCCCUCCGGCGCCGAAGAAGAGGCGGCGGACGACUGUGGGGAAGAGCUGCUCGGUGCGGCGAAUACCCAUCGCCUUCUUUGCGCCGGCGGACUUGGACCUCUUCUUUUACGUUGAACUUCGCGGCGGCGGCGGCGUUCCUGUUUGAAUGCUAAGUUGUACUCAUGUACUCAUGUUAAUUAUUAAUAGGUUUAAUGAAAUAUCAACCCUACUUCAAUUGUUCUUUUAUGAAUUUUAAUUUAGGGACCUUUGAUUUCGUAGUUGUGUGGUAAAUUAUGUUUAAGCCCUUUUUAAUAUUCAAUUAGUUAAUUAUUACUUAAAUUAGGUAGUUAUUUCUAGUAGUGCUAGGUUUUAGGAUUCUUGAGCACUUCGUGUACCAUUUUAGUACGUUUUCAUCUAGACUGAUUUGGUCUAUUAAAUUCAAGUCUAGCUCUUGGUUAAGUUUUGAUCAAAAAGUAUGGCAUAUACUUCGUAGGAACUACUAAGUACUACGUAUGUAUUUUAGUACGGAGUAUGUAAUAUUGUUUAAGUUUGUUCUUAUCUUUUCUUUUUUGUUUUUUUUUGGCCCUUUUUUAAUUUGAUCUAAUUUAAGAUUGAAUGAGAUUGGAACAAAUGAAAAAGCGUCCUAGUUAAUUUACCGUUUCUCCAAAAUUAUUUGUUAUUUUUGGUCCAUAGUUUUUGCCAAAAUUAUUAUCUUUUAGGCAUUUAGUUCGAAUUUUGUACUCUUUCCUGUUGAAACUAAUUAAAUGGCGCUUCACUGAUUUUUUGUUAGAGUAAUUGUCGUUUUAGAAAAUUUAUGUUUAUUUUGUGCAAGUAUCUCAAAAUUUCCCUUUUCGCCUACUAAUAAGUCCUUGUGUGCUUCUUCUAAAAAAAAGUCCUUGUGUGCCUUGCAAAAAAAAGAGAUUCAUGAAAACUUCUUUAGAACGAUAAUUCAUUUGGAUGGAUGAAGUAUUAGUGUAUUACUAGUUACGGAGUACUAUGUUAAUUGUUUAUUUCUUGAAAAUAAAACGAUUCAUGUAAAAAUGUAAUGCAUGUAAUUUCCAAAAGGUCGCCCUACAUAGUUUCGUACUUGUAGUUGUCAUCCAUCAACUUAGAAAUUUAUGAUCUUUUUACGUGGAUUUAUUUAAGAUCAAGAGCCCAAAGACUAGUUCAGACCAAACCAAUUCGG